GGGGUUUCCAGGGCGCUUUUACGUUACCGAGCUCUGUCUGUGGGCUCCCAGGGCCGGGCGCUUACUGAGCGCAGGGACGGGUCGCGCCGAGGGGGUCGCAGAGGCGAUGAGUGAGGGACUCCCUGGUCCUCCGGCUACGCUCAGGGCGGCCUGCUAAGGGCCUCAGGAGCAAGGACCUCCUUCUUGUCAAAAUGGCAGCGCCCAGCGUGCUGUGAGGGUAUCUUUAAGGGAGGGGGUGCGUCGGGUAAGAGCCUCCCCCAGGAGAGUAGGCAGCGUGCCACGCUUCAGAGUUUGAAACACCCAGGUUUGGGUCUCCUGGGCGAGCGGUGGGAACUGCCGUACUGUCUUCUACAGCAGCUUUACCACUUUACAUUUCUGUCAGCAGUGCACCAGGGUUCCAGUUUCUCCAGACAGGAGGUCUGUAAAACGGAUCCGGUCUAUGCUCUGUCUUCUGGCUGCUCUGUAUCCCUUCCCAAAAUCUGUGAAAGAAGUUUCUACAAUGGUUUGCUCAGCUCUCAGGAGAGCUGCCCAGGUGCAUGCUUACCUGGUGAGGAAGUCCAGUAGUGUCUCCAAAGGCCAUCAUUGUCAGGCCUUGGGCUCGAGACCUGCUGCUUCGGAGUCUGCUGCCCGAGGAGCUCCAGGUGGCAUGGUGGAGCUGCUGGGCAAAUCUUAUCCUCAGGAUGACUAUAGCAACCUCUCCCGGAAGGUCCUCUCCAAGGUCGGCAGGAAUCUGCACCACCAGCAGCAUCACCCGCUCUGGCUGAUCAAGGAGAGGGUGAAGGAGCACUUCUACAAGCAGUAUGUGGGCCGCUUCGGGACUCCGCUGUUCUCGGUCUACGAUGACCUUUCUCCAGUGGUUACCACCUGGCAGAACUUUGACAGCCUGCUCAUCCCAGCUGACCACCCCAGCAGGAAGAAGGGAGACAACUAUUACCUGAACAGGACUCACAUGCUGCGAGCACACACAUCUGCACACCAGUGGGACCUGCUGCACGCUGGGCUGGAUGCCUUCCUGGUGGUGGGCGAUGUCUACCGCCGCGACCAGAUCGACUCCCAGCACUACCCAGUGUUCCACCAGCUGGAGGGUGUCCGACUCUUCUCUAAGCAUGAGUUAUUUGCUAGCAUAAAGGAUGGAGAAAGCCUACAGCUCUUUGAACAGAGUUCUCGCUCUGCCUGUAAACAAGAGACACACACCAUGGAAGCCAUGAAACUCGUCGAGUUUGACCUUAAGCAAACACUUACUAGGCUUGUAUCACAUAUUUUUGGAGAUGGACUGGACAUUAGAUGGGUAGACUGCUACUUCCCUUUUACUCAUCCUUCCUUUGAGAUGGAGAUCAACUUCCAUGGAGAGUGGCUAGAAGUCCUUGGCUGUGGGGUGAUGGAACAGCAACUGGUAAAUUCAGCGGGUGCUCAUGAUCGGAUCGGUUGGGCCUUUGGCCUAGGACUGGAAAGACUGGCCAUGAUCCUCUAUGACAUCCCUGACAUCCGCCUCUUCUGGAGUGAGGAUGAGCGUUUCCUGAAGCAGUUCCGUGUGUCAGAUAUCAACCAGCAUGUGAAAUUCCAGCCUUUUAGCAAAUACCCCGCUGUGAUAAAUGACAUCUCAUUCUGGUUGCCCUCUGAGAAUUAUAUAGAAAACGAUUUCUAUGACUUGGUACGGACAAUUGGAGGAGACCUGGUGGAAAGAGUUGAUCUGAUAGACAAGUUUAAACAUCCAAAGACACACAAGACCAGCCACUGCUACCGCAUCACGUACCGCCACAUGGAGCGGACCCUGUCCCAGAGAGAGGUCCGGCACGUGCACCAGGCGGUGCAGGAGGCGACGGUGCAGCUGCUGGGCGUAGAGGGCAGGUUUUGAGGCCACUGCCUGGACCAGACCGCCGCCGCUCAAAGCUCCGGGGAUUUGUGGGAGAGAAAAGGUUACUGUUAGUGGAUGGGGGCAUCUGUCAUGUUUUGAUAAGCGGGUCAGUGUUGGGACUUUCAGAAAAUAAAGGAUAGCUCCUGAGAAGCUGU